AUGUCGCAUAACAUUCUGAUUACCGGGGCCUCGGGCUACCUUGGCGGGACGAUCCUCGCCCGCUGGAACAACGCCAAGCUCCCGCCAUACAACACGCUCUACGCCCUUGUCAAAACACCUGAGCAAGGCGAGAAAGUCAAACAAUACGGGGCCAAACCCUUGAUAGCGAACAUCAACGAUCAUGAGACCGUUACCCAACUUAUUAUCGACAAGAAGAUCACUAUCAUUUACUUCCUGAUCGAUGCCUUCACCGGAAAGCACCAGCCCACACUUAUCAAAGCCCUCGGACGCGUCAAACAAGAGACGAACCUCGAGGUGCAUUUUCUGCAAACCACCGGUGCCAAGCUAUUCAGCCGUCAUGCCGGAAUCCCGAACGACCGACCGUUACUGGACACCGAUCCCGAGCUGUAUGACAUUGUCAAAAAUGCGACGCCGCCGCAUGAGUUCGUCAUUGAGCCAGCAAAUGCCAAUCUCAAUGUGAUCGACAUAUCAGAAGCCCAUGGAGUGCGAAGCUACAUCUUCGCGCCUUGUCUGGUAUACGGACGAGGAGAAGGGUUCGGUAAUCAGAUCUCGAUCCAAGACGUCGACAUUGUGCGAGCUGCGAAGAAGUUGCGUCGCGUGUACCGUGUGGACACUGAUAACCCGAGCUGGCCAGUAAGCCACGUCGCUGAUACAGCGGACCUGUAUCUCCAAAUUCUGCGCAAGAUUCUCUCGGGUGACGCGAUCGGUUAUGGGAAAAAAGGGUUCUUUCUUGCAGCCUCAGGCAGUCUGCCGUGGAACGAUGUCUAUGCGGCCAUGGCCAAGGGACUGGCUAAGCACAAUGUUGUGGACGACGAGGUCGUCAUGGAUGCUGAUGAGUUUGUGUUAGCUCGAAUGGGUGAGGCGCUUGGCGUGCCACCGUCGGCUGUUCCGGUGGUCCUGGGUGGGAAGUGUUCGUUCACUGCUGUCCACGGCAACCAGAUCGGCUGGACCGCUAAGUACCCACCGGAGCAUUUCUUCGAGGUUGUGGAUGAAGAAGUCGAUCUUAUUGUACAGCACCUGGUUGAUUAG